AUGCCUUCGCAGUCUCCGUCAUCAGCUGGCUCUGGAGUUCUUGGCCCAAAAACAUACCAGUAUCGACCCCUACAACCCUCUCAAAUUCGGCUAGUUAGGGUACUGCCGGAAAGGAUGUGGAAGCUGAAGUGUGAAAUUAUCCAUGUAUCACUCGAGAAUGAGCCGGUGUACACUGCUAUCUCAUACGCUUGGGGUGAUGGGGUCGAUACGAGACCGCUCGUCCUGGAAGGUGCUACAAUUCCUGUUGCUGUCAGUCUACAUGAUGCGCUGAGAGCAGUGCGUCGCAAGAAAGAAAACAUCCUUGUGUGGGUUGACGCCCUCUGUAUCGAUCAGCAGAACAAAGACGAGAGGGCCACCCAGGUCCGGUUGAUGGGUCAGAUCUACAGUGGUGCUAUGUCAGUGGCCAUUUGGAUAGGGCCGGAGUACGAGGACAGUGCAUUAGCCCUACAAUUACUUCAGAAAGUGGCUGAAAAUUCAGUUUCCCCGCAGCGCAUAAGGUCUACCCGCAACCUGGAUUCUCUAGCGCUGCUAAAUUUAUUCAAGAGGGAUUACUGGAAGCGCCUGUGGGUUGUGCAAGAGGUCCUUCUCGCAAACAAUAAAAUGGUGUAUUGUGGUUACUCAAUGUUUCCGUGGGAGGUAUACCGAAGAGCAGCGGAUGCCUUCUGGGACAAAGACAGCGACCCACACAUUCGCCAAGGACCAUCAAGUUUUCCGGACCGCGAUACUCUGAAUAAGCUUGGAGACGAGUCACUAUUAGAGGUGAUGCGGACAUGCAGAAAGAAAUUGAGCGAAAAUUCACGCGACAAGGUUUUCGGCAUUCUGGGUUUGCUUUCGGACGCUACACAGCGCGAUUUUCCCGUCGAUUAUAGCCAGUCAGUCAAGACGGUCUAUACGGACGUCGUCGACCACCUAAUCUCGACUACUGAGAAUCUUGACGUAAUUCGCGAAGCGAUACACUUUCCUCUACACGCCAACUCCACAGGACUUCCCAGUUGGUGUCCUGACUGGUCGCAUAUCCCGGACGUGUCUGGUCUGGGUCGCAGGCUCAACUUUGCAGCCUCCAGUGACGCUAACGGCCCAACUGAGGCUGAGUACUGGUUUCACGACGAACGACGAAAACUCGAGAUCUCUGCGAUCAGAAUCGAUACACUCACGGCAACAGGUGUUGCAGUAGGCACAUUCUGUGUUGCUCAAGAUUACCUAGCAGCCUUUGUACAGUGGCGCGCCGUGCUGCUACAUGAAUUUGAAAUCGAAGAGGGCGAUGAAAGCCAUCCGAUGCACCAAGCCUUCUGCAGGACACUGUGUCUUGGACAAGUACCGCUAGAAUGGAAUCAACCACGAAUGUGGCAAGAUGUUUCUUACCACGUCUUUGCAACUCUAAUUCAUGAAAAGAUGCCCCGAUUGCCAAUGGACGAUGACCUGAAUCGUUACAGCGGUCAUGAAGGACUCAUUGAUCCCGGAGCACGGCGAAAGUUUCUCCAAGACCACUUCGGCAAUCAUAUGAUGGGACGUAGCCUAUGUAUCACAGAAGGUGGCUUGAUCGGUAUGGGUUCAGGAUACAUGACAGCGAUGGACAUUGUUGUUCUACCCUUUGGUUGUUCUACGCCAAUCAUACUUCGUCCAGGGAACCGUGACAACGAGUAUCGCUACGUGGGUGAUGUUUACAUUGACAGAUACAUGCAUGGCGAGGCGCUCACUGAAAUGGCAGCAAGGGAUCCGAGGAGAGUUGUGUCGAAGUACAUGCUUUGCUGA